CUGGAGAGUGGAACUUUAAACUUUUAAACACCUGCGAAGUGCGCGGCGGGUCCGAUUGUUAAUUGGGGAGCUUGAUGUUCAAUGAGGACGGUGGGUGAGAGCGAUAUGGUGUUACAAUAAUGUGGAUGGUACUAUGUCUCACGUUACUGGUUUGCCCAUUUGAAACCACGGCCAAUUGGUCCGGAUGGAGUGAAUGGAGUAUGUGCAGUAAGUCAUGUGACGGUGGAUUAUCCAAUCAAAAGCGGCGAUGUAACGGCAAUAUUAACUGUGCCGGACCGGACGUUAGAUAUCGACAUUGCAAUACAAGACCAUGUAGCGGUUAUCUCUUGAACGAUAACGCCCGAAUCUGCAAUGUCCAUAACAGCGUAGGCAGCACUAGUGCUGUUCGGGAGUGGAGUCCGAUAUCAGAGCAAACAUACCCGUGUUUCGUGCUUUGUCAUGAUCUGUCUGGAAACACUCCGAAUGAAAUCAAAACAGACAAAGAAGAUGGCACCAAGUGUAGUUCUGCUGAAAAUUUCUACUGUAUACAGGGAGAAUGCAAGCGACUUGGCUGUGACGGGGAGGUGUGGUCUAACAAGGUGAUUGACGGGUGUGGAGUCUGUGGAGGGGAUGGCUCAAAGUGCUCGACCAAUGCAACGAGGCCGCAGUUCUACUGGCAGCUGGACUGGUCGCCAUGCUCAGUCACUUGUGGCACAGGUCACCAGGAAUCCAUCAUACACUGCAUGAAUAGCCGAACCAAGAGGAGGACAAUGGACUAUUUCUGUGACCGCGAGAUCAGACCCAGCGACCUGACCCGGGAGUGCUCCCCCUCCGACUGCCCUCCCCGGUGGGAAAUUUCCUCCUACGGACGAUGUUCCGUGGAAUGUGGCGGUGGAAUACAGCGCCGGAACAUCCGGUGUGUGGUAGGGACCGGAAGGGCGAACCUUAUAACAGUGGGAUCCUAUCAAUGUCCUGAUCCUAUCCCAAUCACCGAAAAGGCUUGCAAUCUGAACUUUUGUCCUGCCAGUUGGCAGACUGGUAAAUGGAGCCAGUGUUCAGUAAGCUGUGGAAUAGGCACCCAAACCCGCAGUCUGACUUGCGUUAAAUUUCCAACUCACGGAAUAGAAAUCAACGUAUCGCAUUCGGAAUGUUUUGGAGCACGACCCGAGACAACUCGUGCCUGCUCAUUGGAAGCUUGUUUCAAGGAGUUUUUUUCAGUGCCUUCCAUUGUUGUUGAUAAUUCUACUUUUUUGCAAACUCAGCGCAUGAAAAAGGUGUAUCUUAAUGUCGGCGGCAAAGCCAUUUUAUUGCCAAAGCAACCGGUGAAAAUAAGAUGUGUAGUUAAGAAUAUGGAUAGCAGACUGAUAUUCUGGACUAAGGACGACCGUCUUAUUUCUGUGUCGCCGUACAAGAGAGUCCAUGUUACUCCAAAAGGAGUCCUUAAAAUUAAACGAACAGAUCCUAAUAUUGACAAAGGCACGUUUACUUGUAUGGCCGGCAUUGAAAAAGCCAGCACUUACAUAACUUUUCAAACCAAGAAAAAAGCCGUGAAGGUCGCGAAAAGUAUGAUGAAGCAUGUGUUAAAAGAAGUUCCCAGUUUAGAUAAACCACAAUCGGAUAAAAUUCCGGGAUCGCAUGAUCAUCUGCGGCCACUAGGGGGCAACAGUUCCACACUGGCGGAGUAUAUGGUCAGUGAUUGGUCAGCGUGUUCUAGGAGCUGUGGCGCUGGCGUACAGACACGGGAAGUGACGUGCGGAGUAUUCUCUGACAAGUUCAUCAAAGUUGUUUCUGUAAAACAGUGUGAACGUCAAACGAAACCGGUCAACUUAAAAAAAUGUUUACUACAGGAAUUUUGUCCUCAGUGGGAUGUAGACAAAUGGGGAGAGUGUAGCGUAAAAACAUGCAAAAAGGUCGGUAAAGCAGUUCAACGCCGCGCAGUGUACUGCACAAACGGAAACGGAACUGUCAUUCGCCGAUCUAAAUGUCAAAAUGUGCCCGUACCCACGGGGUCCCGGGAGUGUGAUAAUGCGGACUGUAAAGUAGAAUGGAUUACCUCCAAGUGGACCAAGUGCAAACCCCAUUGUACACCUCGAGGAAAGAAGUUUAGAUCAUUAUCCUGUGUGUGGAAAAGAACACAAAAGUUCGCUUACUCUCAGUGUUCGUCACUUCCGCGUCCACAAGCAUGGAAACAAUGCAAAUCUAAUUGUAAAAAAGAGUGUCACGACCAUUCCAGGUAUUGUUCACUGGUAGGACGGUUAAAGAUGUGUCGAUACGAGACGUUCCGAGAGAAGUGCUGCCAAACAUGCAAACGUGUGACAGAAUGAGCCGUUCCUACCCAGUGUAUGUUAGCUGUAUUGUUAUCAUGUUCGGUAGAUAAAAAACAAGAGAUGGGAAAAUCAUAGCAUAUGCCGCUCCUUCAGAAUGAUGCAAGGUUAUUCCCGACCAAGGUCAGAUGGACGCCUUAACUGUGAACAGGUUUUACAAGAUUCUUCUGAACAUAUACGAUAUAUAACGAAUAUAAUUAUACAUUUACAACUAAGCAGAAUGUGAGCUGUUUCAAAUCGUUUUAUUUUGUACUGAUUUCUUUUUUACACAGAACUUAAUUUUGGAAGUCAUUUAAAUGUAAUAAAAAUUGGAAACACUGAA